GAUGGUGGUGGAGGGGAGUCCCCAUCACCUGUGAAGUGCUUUGAAUGUAAGCAAUUAUUAAUUAUUAUUUUUAUGGUGGGGAAUGGAUUAUAAGAAAAUGAAGAUUUGCAAAGAAUGAGAACAUGUAUUUAAUUGUAAAUGUUAUAAGUAUAUAAUACUGCAUUUAAUUAAUACUACUAAAAUAUAUGUUGUACAAAUGCCGUUCAGAAUUGUUUGUAUUAAGUGUAAGAACUGUUUAAGUGUUAAUUGUAUUAUAGUUAUUGUAACAAAUUGGCUGUUUCAGAAACUGUUGACCCUGCAGGCUGUUAAAACACAGAUAGCAGAACCACAUCUGGGGGCAGCUUCAGAACAGAACAUAUGGCGUGAUAAUGCACAACAGCAAGUGCAUGAUAUAGUUACAGAACCAAGCCAUGAGGUCUUUGAAUAUGUCUACUAUAUGAUGCACUAUGGUCCUUGUGCCUCUUUUUAGUGUGCCUUUAUUUAUGGUGAAAUUUCUUCACAAAACAGUAUUAAAAUUUAAGAAAAGGACUGUAACGUUUCUCAAAUUGAAGAUAAUACAUUUUUACUCCUCAUUUAAAGGUGCCUAAAAACUGCUUGUAUUGUAAGAGAAAAUAGGAUGGUUUUGUGAAUGCAUCAUUUCAGACCUGAAACCUUUGUUGUGCCUGGAUACACGACAAGAAUUCCAGACAUACUGUGUAAUACUAAGACAAUUGUUUUACACACAGCAAAAACAAUGCCCUAUUCAGUUUCUGCAUUUGUAUAGGGUUGCUUGUUUCCAGUUGUCCCCUCUGGUUCAUGGUUCCCUGGUCACACAGCAAAAGACAGCAUAUUACAUGACAGACAAAUUGUGGAUAGUUGCUAGUUUAAAACUACCUAAUUUUGUAGUCCUACAGUAUGUAAUUGAAGCACAUAACUACCAACUUUUGAUCUGCAGUUAGUAACGAGCAGUUUGUGCUUGUGCUUAGAAGCAUGUGUAUGUUUGAUGUUGCUCAGAAGGGCCCAUAAAAUUCUGACACUUUUCAAUCAAGCAUUCACAAAUUUAUCAUCUAAUUAACUCGAUCCGGUUAAUUGCAGAGCAGUGGUGUAAAAAGCCGCUCAUUAGGAGGUAGCGACUAAUAUGUAGAUUCCUAGCUCCACCUACUCCCUUGCUAUAUGUUCACGUCUCUGCGUGGUGAAGUCAGAGGAGGUAGGUUAAUUUGCAUUUUACAUCCCAUGAUGCUCUGCAAGACUUACAAGAUUUAAUUAACAUUGUUUCGUUUUAGCAUGUUUUUUUGAUUCCUAACAAUGAAGACAGGUGUUUUAUAAUAGUGUUGUGUGUGUUUUAAUACUCGUGGUAUUAAAUAAAGUUUAAAGUUUGUGGACCAUUAUAACACCGUAAGGCGUGCGCAUUGUGUUUGCUAUGGGGUGGUUAGACUGGGGGAACGGUAGGUUAGCUUUGCGCAGUGGCAGUAUCGUAGCCUAUGAGGUUUAUCCGAGGCGCGAUUAUUGCUAGUUGAAAACUUUACCCAAUACCCCGCUUGUACUGGCUUGAAAUAUAGCUAGUGCCGGCAAUUUUUGACAGUCUCUUCGGAGACUGAAAAUAUUGGUAUACAAAUAGAAUUAUACACCAGUAUUUAGCGUAACAAGUUAGUCGUGAUGUAUUUAGUUUAUGUUGUUAUAGAUCCAAAGAUUUUUGUGCUUUGAGAGUGGUACUAUAUAAUAAAUAAUGCAUGUACGAACACGUAUUGGUGGGGGCUGGACUAUUUCCAUAAGGCGAAAUCGUUUUAGCAGUUAUUUAAUUAAAUAUCCAGAAUAACAAACCAGUCUGGCCUUGCGAAAGCACGGGGGGUUCAGAGAUGGGGGUGCGCAGUUCUUCGACGGCGCCAUCACUCCGUCCGGGUUUUCUUUGCCGUUGCACACAAAGUUUGUUUCAGGAACUGUCAUGGCGGCGCCCGUGGCUGAGGGCUGGAGCUGGUUUCUGACUUUAGCAGCGGGGAUUUCUCUUUUGAAGGGUCUGCUUAUUAAUACUUACCAUUCUACAGAUUUUGAAGUUCACAGAAACUGGCUUGCUAUUACACACAGUUUACCUCUGUCCUUAUGGUACUAUGAAGACACUUCAGAAUGGACUUUAGAUUAUCCUCCUUUGUUUGCUUGGUUUGAAUUUGGCCUUUCCCACAUUGCAAAGUUUUUCGAUAAAGAAAUGCUGGUUGUCCAGAAUUUGAAUUAUGCCAGUUCUGCCACCAUUAUUUUUCAACGCCUGUCUGUCAUCUUUACUGACAUUGUCUUCAUUUAUGCAGUGAAGGAGUGGUGCCAGUGUGUGAGAGGGAUCAAAGGGCCCAGAGAUCUGUGGUUGAAACCAGGAUUUGUCCUGGCAGUGCUACUGCUGUGGAAUUUCGGCCUCAUUGUUGUUGAUCGUAUCCUUCACCAGGAUGGAUCAGUGAAAUGGAGAAGCCUAAGUUUUGCCCGAUUAGCUGUUUUGGGAACAAUUGUGUGCUCAGUGUUCGCUCUAUCAUUCGGCCCAUUCAUUGCUAUGGGUCAGCUGCCUCAAGUGCUUUCUCGGCUCUUUCCCUUCAAGAGAGGACUGUGCCAUGCCUACUGGGCACCCAACUUCUGGGCAUUGUACAAUGUGCUGGACAAAACUCUCUCAGUCCUCGGUACUGCUUUAUUUCACUUAACUGCAUUGUUACAGAAAGAUACUGUAUGCAUUGGAGAGUUCUUACCCAUCAAAAUCCUUCUCAUGUUGAUGUUCACACUUUACAGUUUGACAUCUCUGAAGGUGCUUUUCAGAAGAGAAGGUUGCUUGCUCAACUCUAUUGAAGCCGCCUACCUCGCUGGCCUGGUGCCCCUGGAGAUAUUCUGUGAGCUUGUCUACCCCAUGACUGUGUGGAAGCAGAGCCUCCCCUUCAUUCCUUUGCUGUUGACUUCUGUGUACUGUGCACUGGGAGUUACUUACUCCUUCAUUAGGCUCUACAUCUCACUGCUCACCAGGCCAGAGAUGGACAAGAGUAAACAUCAGUGAAGGAUGGAGAUGUUGCUUAGGGAUCUAAUCAAGACUGUCAGGUCACAUCUGAACUUUGUUUACCAAAUGAAGUCAAGUCAGCGUAAUGCCGAUUUUAAGAGCAGAGACAGUUAUGGGUGUCUUGUACAACUGGGGACCAAAAAGAUCAUUUGUUUCAAAAUUUAAAGAAUGACAGUUCACAAAGCUGGUAAAAAUGAGGAGUAUGUUCAGGGAUGGUGUGUUUUGUCUGUAUACAUGCUCUGUAAUGCCAAAAUAAAAUGUUUGGUUUUCUAUG